UUGCGACGGUUUGCUGAAAAUCAAGCUAGCGAUCGCGGCGAAAAAAAGCGCUCCGAGUCAAAUAUUUUUUAUAAAAUAUAUGCUUAAUUGAAGAUUCCAGUUUUCGUAGAAUAUAUAACAAUUUUCAGUGCCUUUUCUAGUGCGAGUAAAGUGCAAAAAUCAGACAAAUCUAAAAUAUCGAGCUGUUUGCUGCCAAAUUUACAUAACCCAACGUGCGGAUUUGGUAAAGUGCGAAAUCAAACGAGAUGGGCAUUCCGGAUAUCCGACUGCUGGUGACGCUGGACUUUGAGGUCUAUGGACAUGUACAAGGCCUGAAUCUCACGAAAGACACCCGCGAUCGCUGCACCAAGGCGGGAAUUACUGGCUGGGUGAAGAACAGCAAACAGGGCACCAUUGUGGGCAAGAUGCAGGGACCCAAGGAGGAAGUGGACAAGAUGAUCACCUGGCUGUCCACUGAGGGCUCUCCCGGCUGCCAAAUCGAUCGCUGUGAGGUCCGAAACCAGGGCAACCUCAGCCGACUGGACUAUAAGGACUUUGCCAUUAGGUUUUAGAUGUGUUCCGUGACCGCAAUCGGUGGUGGCUUUAUAGUUUUGUGUGUUUGUUUUGUGCAUUACUUGGCUAAGUUUGUAAAUACGAGUAAAUAAUAAAGAAUUUAAUCAUAA